AUGCACUGCCUCCCUUCCGGCUCCGGCCAGCCCCAAAGGCAAAGGGAUCAACUUGCACUCCCGUUUCGAGCUCUUCCUUGGGAUACUGCUGAGGUUCAUCUUGCCUUGUUUGUCCACAGAGUUUCGGGUUUGCCAAAGGGUUUGUAUUUCCUAGUCAGAAACGAGGAUCAUCUCAGCCAUCUCAAGACUGCUACGAGGCCUGAUUUUGAGUGGAAGAAACCGGAUGGAUGCCCCGGUGAUCUUCCUCUGUACAAGCUCACCGAGGGUGAUUGCCAGAAGCUGGCCAAAGGACUAUCAUGUCAUCAGGACAUUGCAGGGGAUGGAUGCUUCAGCUUAGGCAUGAUA